AUGAUUCUUGGGAAUCUCAGUGAAGUGAGUGAAUUCAGACUCUUGGGUUUUUCUGAAAUCUCUCAUUUGCAUCCUUUGCUCUUUGCAGUUUUAUUAUCUCUUUAUAUUCUCACCUUGAUGGCUAACACAGUGAUAGCUCUGAUAAUAAAUGGUGAUAACACCCUUCAUUCCCCUAUGUAUUUCUUCCUCACUCAGCUGUCCUGUUUGGAUAUGUGCUAUUUGUCAGUCAUAAUUCUAAAUAUUCUUGAGAAUCUGAUGGUGGGAACAAUAGGUAUCUCCAAGGCGAGAUGUGCAAUGCAAAUGUUUUUCUUCCUUUUCUUUGGAGUUGCCGAAUGUUUCCUCUUGGCUGCCAUGUCACUUGACCGUUUUCUCGCAAUUUGCUACCCCUUGCAUUACACUCUUGUCAUGAACAGUAGAGUCUGCAAAAGUCUGGUUGCUGGGACUUACGCUUGCAGAACUACCGUAGGUUUGGUGCACACCAUCAUAACAUUCCGCUUACCCUUCUGUGUCUUUUUCUGUGAGAUUGAACCCCUCUUGGACCUGCUUUGUGGUAACACUUUCCCAAGUGAAAUUCAAGUCAUCGUGGUGGCUGUCUUUGCUAUUUUGUGUCCCUUCUUGUUGAUCAUUUAUUCAUAUAGUCACAUAAUUUCCACAAUUCUUCAGAUGUCAUCAGCUGAAAGCCAACAGAAAGCAUUUUCCACUUGCUCCUCACAUCUUUUAGUUGUGAUUCUUUUUUAUGGUACAGCAAGCUCCAUGUAUUUGCGGCCAAAAUAUACCUAUUCUGCAUCUGUUGAUAAAUUUCUCUCACUUCCUUAUUCCAUGGUGACUCCUUUGUUGAAUCCUAUUAUUUAUAGUUUAAGGAAUGAGGAGGUGGAAAGGGUCCUGAAAAAAACUCUUGGACUUCUGAGAGUUUAAUUGCUAAAGAAAAUUUAUGGAACUCACGUCCAUAUAUCAGGAGCAGCACCACACAUGCCACUGUCUGACAUGAAGAAGAGCUACUAUCACCCUGCCAACUACAGUCUUGCUGAUACAGCUAUAAUAAAGUUGAUUGCCUUUGUUGUGAGGUAG